UGCCGCGGGAGGCGCUGGGAGCGCGCAGCGCCGGUAGCUGGGGCGCGCAGCCCGCUGUUGCUAGCUGCGGUGGCAGCUAUGGCGGCCGCGGCCUCGCAGCGAGAUCCGGGGGACUGGCAAGACUUCUCGGGCUUCCAAGCCCCCGCGGGGAGUGGUCCCGAGGCUGCCCGCGACAAAGGCGGCUGGGACGGUGGGGAUCUGGGGACGAAGUUGUCCCUUUGCUUUGAGCCCCCGCAGGCCCGGGCAGUCGGGGGCGAGAGCCGCGUUCCGUUGCGGCCCCUCACGGAGCAAAGCGCCCUGCAGGACGACGAAAUUUGGAAUGCUUUGACUGAUAAUUACGGUAAUGUAAUGCCAGUAGACUGGAAAUCUUCCCACACCAGAGCUUUGCAUUUGCCAACACUGAAUCUGUCAGAAAAAGGGGUAAAUGAUAAUUUGAACCUUGACCUGUCAGAUGAUGAAGAGCUGAGAGAACAGCUGGAUAUGCAUUCUAUCAUUGUUUCCUGCAUCAACGAUGAACCCCUCUUCACAGCAGAGCAGGUAAUCGAAGAAAUAGAGGAAAUGAUGCAGGAAUCACCUGAUCCAGAUGAUGAUGAAACACCCACCCAGUCAGAUCGACUCUCCAUACUCUCUCAGGAAAUUCAAACACUCAAGAGGUCCAGUACAAACAACAGCUAUGAAGAGAGAGUAAAAAGAUUAUCUGUUGCUGAGUUAAAUGAGCUGCUAGAAGAAAUUGAGACUGCUAUUAAGGAUUAUUCUGAGGAGUUAGUACAGCAGUUGGCUCUACGAGAUGAGUUGGAGUUUGAAAAGGAAGUGAAAAAUAGCUUCAUUUCUGUCCUCAUCGAAGUACAAAACAAACAGAGAGAACACAAAGAAACAACAAAGAAGAAAAAGAAGGUGAAAAAUGGUAGUCCUCAGAAUGGCAAACAAGAAAGAAGUCAUAUGCCUGGAACACGCUUCAGCAUGGAAGGGAUCUCAAAUGUCAUACAGAAUGGCUUCCGCCACACCUUUGGAAACUCAGGUGGAGAGAAACAGUACUUAACAACCGUUAUUCCUUACGAGAAGAAAAAUGGACCCCCAUCUGUUGAAGAUCUUCAGACAUUAACCAAAAUCCUCCAUGCCAUGAAAGAAGACAGUGAGAAAGUGCCAAGCUUGUUAACAGACUAUAUUUUAAAGGUUCUCUGUCCUACAUGAAGAAGGCUACCUUUCAGAAUUAAUCAUGCUCCUUCCUUUGAUGAGAAGCUUUCCAUGGAUGUAACUCAUACUGUUUUUCAUUUGGCACUAUACCUAAAACCAGUAUGCAUUUACCUCCUCUGUGUCUGCGUGGAUUUUCUAAUCCUACAAUAAGUAUUCUGGGUAUGACAACAUUUUAACUUAAUAAUGCAAUGAACUGGAGCAGGGAACAAACAUUGUACAGUUUUACUCGCACUGUUCUGGCUUUUUAAAGUCUAUUUUUACAUUGUAUAGCAUGUAGUAAAUCCUCCUGCACAUUUUGUUGAUGGAAGGAAAAGUAAACUUUGAAUAGUGUAAAUAAAAUAAGUCUAGUUUUAAGGAAUCCAUAUUUAAAAUCAUCCUUAGCUCCUAUAGCAAAGAUGCAAAAAGAGCUGUGGUCAAGCUUGGACUAAAGGAUUCAAGUGAGUUCUCCAGGAAUCACUCCAAGACAGUGUUGGUGGAAGUCAGCGUUCCACACUUCUUUUAAAAAGGUAAUUUUGAUUGAACUGUCCCAACAGUAUUGUUCAUACAGCAAACAAAUCCAGAUUCUUUAGUGUUUUGGCAUAAAGAAUUAGCAUGUUACCUAUCCUCCUUAUUUAACAAGCAUAUUGAGUAAUGCAAUAUUUUAGAUUUGUGUUUUAAUUAUUAAUACCCACGUGGCUUAGAUAUUCUUCCAUAGCGCUGCUAUAAUUUUCCCUGGGUUUAGUAAGUGAUCUUAUUAAAAAUGCUUCAAUAUAUAAACGUUUUAAAAGGCUUUAUCUUUUUAAAAAUACAUGUACAGUUUGAAAAACCUGCACCUGGGUUCUAAGUAUUAUAUUGAGACAUUUAUCAUUGUGUAUCUCUGAAUUUUACUACAAAUCUCUCUUCUAAACUGUAUCUGCUGUCUCCCCUGUGGUGUGUCUGCAUUUUAACAGAUGAGAAUGUGUUUCUACAAGUCCUGUAGAAGAAAUGCAUACCAUAAUCUUAACAUUAAAUACUUGUCACAGUUUUGCCAGUCUUAAGGAUUAGGUUGAAAUAGAAAGAGUGCUAAUAAAAAUAAAAGAUCUGUUUUCUAGGUUGAAUUCCUCUUGAUUUUACACUCAGAUUUAUGUACUGCAUAUGUGAAUGUACUGGCAGGUAAGGAAAGUUUUAAACAGAUAAGCAUGUUUUCAAACAGCAUUUUCUGUUUAAGGUCUUUAGUAUUUUGUUAAAGAGAAAUUUGCUCCUAAACACUUUGUGUCACUUCUUUACUACUCUAUUUUGUUAUUGUCACCAAAUAUUAAUCUUGAUCAGGAAAACACCUUUUUUACUUCCUCCCUCCAUAGUUUUGUGGUUUGUGCUUUUUUUCUGUUGGUAAAGCUUUCAGUUUGAAGUUUUUUCUGCCUCCCUCUCCCCUGUUCAACCACCACUUGCCAGCCUGCUCAGGAAUAAAUAGAUCCUCUGCAUAAGUGUGUCAUAUGAAAGGAAGGUUUUUUGUUGCUUUGUUCUAUUUUGCUUGUAGUUUCUUUAACAAGAAACCUGCCAUUUAUUUCUUUAGCUUAUGUGUUACAAGCUCAUUAUGGCAUGUUUUUUCUAAGGAGAUGCUCCAUUUUGACCUUUUGAUACCAGAAAAUGGGCAAAGAGGGAUGACUCUGCUUUGCUUGAUAGAUGCACAUUUUGUAGAACACACCAUGUUGCCAAAUGAGAUGUAUUCAGAGGUGUUUCAAUCUGCUUUUGAGGCUUGAGGUGACAAGGUAGAACGAAAACCAAACCAAAACACAGAAAACUCCACAUGUACAUAGAAAAAAACACCCAAAAACUACAAACAAAACAGCUCUUGGCAGAACAAUGAAAUACUAGGAGCAAUAAAACCUGAAAGAAAACCUUACACUAAGACUAGAAACAGCUUUAGUGAGCUAAACAUCUGUUUGGGUAUGUCAUGCAUCUCAUGAGACUAAACAGGUUUUCAUUAUGAAAGGUACCUGUUCAUCUUAUAUAUAGAGAGCCCUGGCAUUAGCCAAAAGCUGCCAAAGGUGGCAAGUGUGUGUGUGUAUACACACACCCCUAUAUAUGUACAUAAAAAAUGUGUCUCAAACCAUUUGAAUAAAAACCAUCCAAAUCUGC